CUCUCUCUCUCUCUCCCUCCAUAUUUCCUUCUUCUCUUCCCCUCACCUUCAAACGCUUAUCCUCCAAACACUCUCCUGUUCCUAUUUACUUUCAUUCCUUUUAAUUCAAGAUCUCUUCAUCCGUUUCCUUUUCAGGACUAACUAUCUCACAUCUCAUCUCCUGCAGCCUGUGCAGAGGAAGCUGUGAUCUAUACCUUUACUUGCCUACCUACAUACUACUUACAGUUUGCUCCCCGCUGGAGGUGGUGGGGUUUCCUGACGACACUCCCAAUACUAAAUACCCGCACCACUCAAUCACUCACUCACUCCCUCCAUCUCCGUUGUCCACCUCAACUCACCUCAACCUCAAUCCAUAUUAACUCCACCCCCCCUCCCCCCCUCGUCUGCACCUUCUUCCUUCGCUUCCUCUCCUUUCUCCCAACCUACUUUUAUUCUUCCAUUUUUUGUUUCAUCUGUUCUACAAUCAACCGAAUCAAAACCACAAUCAUUCACAAUGAAUCCCCAUCAGCAGAAUAAGAUCGAUACCAGCUCGCUGAGCCCCGAUGAGCAGCGCCUGCUUCGUCUCUACGGCAAGAUGCCCAACAAGAAGGAUCUUUUGCAGAACAAGCUGAAGGAGCGGAAAUACUUCGACUCAGGCGAUUACGCCCUCAGCAAAGCCGGCAAGGCCUCAGACGUCGGCGUCACCAACAUCGGCUCCCAACACCCCGUUCCCGAGAACAUCCCUCACCUAACUGCCACCUCCCCCGGCGCCAACAACCCCGCCGCUGCCGGCAAUGGGGGCAGCAUCAGCGCCCAGGGCGGCCAGCAGAUCCCCGGUAGUAUCAGCGGCCACCCCGGCUCCAUCGGAUUCCAGAGCCGCAGCCCCGUCAAGGAGGCCAGCUUCCUGCAACGAGGAACCAGCGUCGAUGAGGCCGAUGGAAACAACCUCGAUGCAGUCGCAUCCCAGGAUCCCACCGAUGCCGGCAGCGUGAGCCCACCUCCGGCUCGAGGGGGUGUUCCCAUCCGUCAAUAAAUGAUUCCCCCCCCCCC